AUGGUAAAGUUAUAAAUCAAUAUAUGUAAAAAAAAAUUAUAUUAGUGUAUUCAUUAUUGAUGAUAUAUAUAGGACUCGUCGGAUGCAGGCGAAACUGAAUUGAUGGGGCCGUCAAGAUUAAUAAACCAUACCCCUAAUUUACCAAAGUUAUUAAUCACAGAUAUUGAAAACGUACAAGACAAGUGCCAUAUCGCCAUAUCCAAUAUUCCUUUGUCAUUGAUGCCACUCUCUUUGCGAGGCGUUUUAAACAAUAAUCGUGCUGAUCAAAAGGCUUUGCAAGGUUUAGGGAAGUUCCCAAAUGUAUUUAAAUUGUUGAGAGAUUUGAUGGCUGAUGAUGUGCAAUUCGAAAACUUUCCUCUGAAUGUGUGGCGUUUCAAGAGUGAAGCUUUGGCUUGGGGUUCGUUGGAGAGCAACUUUUUUUCGGCAAUUGCUAUCAUUUUGACCGAUUUCUGGGGAUUAUUCCAGAGGCUUGAUUUCAACAAAAGCCAUGAGAGGACCUUCUGGGCAGAAUACGUUAUACCGAUCUUUAAGCAUUUCUGUAUCAUGAACAAAGGGUUCAUAUUUAGAUUGUUAAUAUUAUGCAUAAGGUGCGAAUCAAAAAUGCUUUCUCAUGCCAACAGCCAAGUCAUCCCAGGUGUCUGGAAUAGCAGUACCGAAAGGUUGUUUGCAGAUGGUGUUGGAUGCAAGGAUGGGUUCGAAGUAGUAAUCAUGGAAUCGUCUGGCCCCUUCUCUACUGAAUAUAUUGACCAUUCCCUGGAAGAUACCUGGAAGCUCAUAAUCAUGACUAGCAACUCCUUAUGUGAUGAAAUCCUGAAGUACCCGAAUGCUUCGUUUGAAACCGCUAAAAAUUUAGCAUCUUAUGGAAUUCAGUGUAUUGUAUUUUUCAGCAAUUAAGAGACAGUCUCAGAGAAAAUAAGAGAAAAUUAUUGGAUAAAAUAAGAGAAAAUUUUAGAUCAAUUAAG